GGCCUUCCUUCAUCCUCCUUUUCGACAAACAACCGGUUACCAAUGCGCAAGACCGCGGUUCAACGUUGAGCUAGCGCAGCCAUGGCGGGCAACACGAAUCGCUAUUCGACCUACACGACGGCCUCGGUCGGCUCCGGAACCGACUCAAAAUCCGGGGACAAAGGCGAGAAGAAGGAGCUAUGGAACUCGAUGCUGUCCUCGGUGGCCAGCGGGCGGCGGCUGCCCGAGAAGAAUCUCAUAGUGCUCGGCGGCUCCGUCGACUCGCAGCGCGAGUUCUUCGAGACGCUCUCCAGCAAUGACCGCCGCGCACACGACCGCAACGCCUCGCGGGUGCCCCCCGUCGCAAAUAGUUUCGCUUUGGGUUACACGUACUACGACGUCCUGGAUGCGGACCAAGAAGACACCUUGGCACGCAUUUCUCUCUACACUCUCACAAGCCCCUCUCCCGCCUUCGCCUCUCUACUUCAGCCGAUCCUCACUCCCCAGUCGAUAGCAAACACCCUGAUCGUGAUAUUGCUCGAUUGGUCUCAGCCGUGGAAGUGGAUGCGACAGCUGCGGGAGUGGAUCCUGCUCUUGAGGACAGUGCUGGUCUCCCUGAGCAACGAGUGCAAGGAGACCAUGGAGGAGGUAAUGCUGGCGUGGCGUGAUCGGGGACGGGGCGGCGGAAUAAAUCUCGACGGCACCGCGGCCGUUCCUACAGGAGACAGUGAGAUAGGCCUUCCCCUGGGGCCGGGAGAGUGGGAAGACGCGCUCGGUUUGCCCCUGUGCGUCGUCUGCCAGAAUGCCGAGAAGAUGGAGUACUUGGAAAAGACCCAGGGUUGGAAGGAGGAGGAGUUUGACACUGUCCUGCAGUUCAUGCGAACGGUGCUAUUGAGGCACGGGGCCUCCUUGAUCUACACCACCCCUUCCGUCCCCUCUCAGCUUCCGACACUCAUCCAUUCCAGCCUGGGGAUACACUCUCUUCUCAAAAAGCAGCCUCUCAGACACAACGUCAUCGACCGGGACAAGGUCGUCAUACCGCCCAAUUGGGACUCGUGGGGCAAGAUUCGGGUCCUCCGGGACGGUUUCGAUGUCGACCGCGUGAGCAACGGCUGGUCCAUAGAUCUUGACCAACCGUUCCCGCGCUCCCGGCAGAACGGCACUGAGGGCGGAGACGGAGAGUCCAAUGGAGCCGACGAGCGCGAAGUGGCCGAGCCCGACCCCGAAGGAUCCACGGUCGCGCUGUAUGAAGAAUCCGUUCAUGAUCCCAGCAUGGACGCGCUCCAGCUCGCAGGGCGCAACACCCACUCCACGGAGCUCGAAGUUGAGACGGUCGACACGCAGACAUUUCUCGCCCAGCAGCUCAAGGUCCUGGAGGCGUUCAAGCAAAAGAACGAGGAGGCCGCCCGGGAAGCGUCGCACCAUAGACUCCACAAGAAGUUGGCCGACGACGACCACCUCGGGGACCACUCGGACGCCAAGACAGACGCGAGGGUCCUCGAGCACAUUGGCCCCGUGCAGUUCAAUAUGGGCGGCAUUCAGGUGGAUGCCGACGAUAUGGUGCAGCGUCUGAAGGAACGUCAAGCUCUCGGCUUGUCGUCUGAACCCGACAGCCCAACGGCCGAGGAAGCCGUGGACUCGACGCCCGCCAUGAACACGGAGAACCUCCAGGCCUUCUUCCACGGCUUGAUGAACAGGAGGGGAGCGUCGGCUAAGUGAACCCCAUAGGAGGCGCUGAUUCCCGCAAUGAAACGAGGCUGUGGGACCACGCAUCGGAUUGAAGAGCCCGCAACGUCAUGAGUCGGGCACAACUCACGGCUAUCACAUUUGUGGGCAGUUCCUGUGCUGUCCCUCCUUCCUUUGUUAUUGUAUCGCUGCGAGUACAUGGACAGAGGGAUAGUAAUCGUGCGGUGGUGGUGUUGAGCGGAGAUACGAGAAACACAUUGAGAAAUUGUAGACU